AUGGAGAAGGUUCUGGUCUUUCUGCUUGUUACCAUUGCAGUGGCCUGUGCGGCUCCUGAUCCCCGGGGACUUGUUAUCAAUCUGGAGGAGGGCGAAAUCUGCCUGAACAAAAUCCAGUGCAAGAGCGGUUGCUGCCAACAUACGAGUGCGAUAAGCGUGGCCCGCUGCGCACCAAUGGUCAGAGAGAAUAGCGAGUGCUCGGCCACGUCGCUCUAUGGAAUUUACUACAAGUGUCCCUGUGAGCGGGGCCUGACCUGCCAGGGGGACAACAGCAUCGUGGGCUCCAUCACCAACACCAACUAUGGCACCUGUAUUGAUGCUGGACGCUCCAAGCAGUGAGACCACCUACCCACUCCUGCCCCUAGCCCAGUGCACUGCAGGAUGCGAGGCCCAGGGCCACCUCCCUCUUGCUCCACCGCCUCUCCCUGGCUGGCCACCUCCUUGACCA